AUCCACCGCGCAAUGGCGGAUUUUGAACCUCCAUCAUUCUCACUAGGGUUCGAUUUGGACCUGGACCCGGACCCGGAGCCCCAGACCGCUAGAAGACCCGAACCAUCAACCAGCUAUAAUAUCAAACCAGCUAAAAGAUCAUCUGCCGGAGCUACCAUCCGUUCAAAAAACAACGACGACGAGGAGGAUGAUUUUGAAACGCCAACAAUGGGCUUUAAACCACAAGUAUCGGACACACCUCGGACCCUCAAACGGCUCCGGCGAGGGCCCACAUUAGCCACCCAGAAAGGGAAAUCCAAGGAGGAGUGGUUCAAUGUAGAUGAUGAGAUUGAAGAGUUCUCUUCCCAGGAAGAUCCGUCUCCAGUUUCAAUAGCAGACAAUGCUUCAAAGCAUCACAAUUCCAUCUGCGGCAGUUCAAAGUUCACUUUAACUGGUCAUGGGCUUGUAGCCUCACAAUCAGCAAUACAGGCAGAGGAGAGGAAGAAGAAAGAGGUUUCAAAUGCUUCUACUUGCAACAGAUUGGUUUUCCCUGAUUUACAUGUCAGUCCCCUUAGAAAGUUCCAGUUGAUAGAUUCUGAUUCUGAUUCUGAUGAACCUUCUCCCCCUGGACGUCCACAGAAAGUAGUCAAUCAAGUAGAAUUUUCUUCAAAAGACAGAGCUUCUGGUCCCCACUUAGUUGAAGCUGCAGCUGAAGUGAAGAAAUCUAAAGCCUCAGCUAGAAUGUCCCAAUCUGAGGAUUUAUGGAAAGAAAUUCAUUCAGAGAAGACCUUGAACAUACCUACUCCAGCUUUUGAUGAGGUUUGCGAGGAGUAUUUCAGAUCUGUGAAAGGUAAAAAUGGAUUUUGGAAUUGCGACAAAGACUGUUAUGAAACCAGCAAUUUCAGUAAGAAUAAUGUAGAAGAACAUGUGGCCGGGCCUCAACCACCUGCUCAUGCCUAUUAUUAUCACGAGGAUCCAAGGAUCCAAAAGCUCGUUCAUUCUCGUUUGCCCAACUUUUUUCCCUUGGAGGCUGGAAACAACCAAGGACAGAAACAGCUUAAUGCAUGCCCAAUUGAUUACAUGGGCCAAUUCAAUCAACGAGAAAUUCCGAAACAUGGUAAAAAGGGACCUAAGAAUGGGCCAAGCUCAACAAGGAGCCAAAAGAGUGCAAGAAAAUCAAGUGUUCAAGAGUUGUCACAGGAAUCAGAGAGCUGGAUAAAUCCUAGAUGUUCUGCUAAAAAUCCUAAAGAUGCUGGCAAAAGAAGGAUACAUGCAGUAGGUAAAUCUUCUGGGCACUGGUAUACAGCUGCUGACGGAAGAAGAGUUUAUGUAGCUGGAAAUGGACAGGAGUUGACUGGUCAAAUUGCUUAUAGACAAUACAGAAGGGAGAGUGGAGCUGGAUUCAAGAAGUCCAAGAAGAAAGCAGCAACAAAGAAGAAACCUGCUAGAAAGAAGAAAUAAUCCUUGAUUACCACUCCUCUCGGUUUCCUGCUAUCUCACCUGUUGACUCUAUCCAAUUAGGGCAGCUACAUGAACCUAACUCAACCUUUUUCUUUCAAAUAUUUGAAAAAGAAGUGUGAUUUAUAGGCAUUGCUGAAAGAAUAAAAAGGGCAGCUUGGUGUUGUAUCUGUAAAUGUUGAUUGUGCAAAAUUGUACUUCCUUUUAUUUUGUUAAGAUU